CUGAGCUCAGAGCAUGGGAAGGAAGAGCUGGACCUCCGCUGACCUCCACAAACCAGGCUUAGCUUCCGCCCAUCACAGGCUGUGAGGGAGCCUGGGUGAACGAUGCUUAUAUACAGGGCUAUGCCCUGGUAGGGCCUCAACAGCAGUGGGUCAGGAGAACUGGGGAGAGAUGUGUGUUGUUUGCUUCACGGUGGGGGAUGAAGGGGCCCACCCUCCAUGCCCUGUGGGGGGAAGGGCUGAGGUGGGAGUCCAGGCCCCAAGGGCCCUUCUGGCUCUCUCAGCCUCAGUGUCCUCCUGUCCUGGGUAGGGAGGAGGGGGUGGGCAGGGGAGGACACUGAUGUGGCUGGCCCCUCCCUUCCGGGGGCUGUCAGGGCUGUCAGUGGUGACUCAGCCCCGUUCAGACUGGGCUGGGGUGGCCGCAGCUGCAGUGCAGCUGAUCGUGACAGUGAUGAUGGGGGACCGCCCCGAACAGCGACGGGGCAGCCAGCGGUGCCAGGGCUGCAGGGGUGUGAUAGACCCCGGGCCCUCCUCCCCCUCACAGCCAGCCCAUGCCUCCACCUCCAGUUCUGGAGGCCUUUGGGGGCUGAGAGUGAGAGAGGUGACAGAGUCCUGCAGAGGGUGACCGCCUGGUACAGGACGUGGUGCCUACAAGAGGGCUUUUGGGGCUCCCUGGUUCCUGCUCCCCAUCCCCCCAUGAGCUGCAGCAGGACUGUCUUAUGUUCUGAGGUCAGGGUCCCCUCCUUUGCCUCCUUGUCUCCCCAGCCCUGGGUCCUGGGAGCAGGGCAGGGCCUCCCAGCAGUUUCCUUCCUUCCUUUCUUGGGACGGAAACCUGGCCGGUGGGGGACACCCGGCUGGAGCCUGAGAAGGGGAGGGGGGCUCAGCCACCACCCUGCUCCUCAAAGUGACUCAGCCCUAUGUCCCCACCCGUCCCUGGGGAGCCUGGGCCACAGUGGGAGGUGGAUAAAUGGGGUGGCAGCCUGGGCUGGCUGGAGAGCUCAGGCCACUCCAGCUGGACGCUCGCCGCUUGCCGCUUCUGUCCCGCCUCCUAUGGCCCGCUCUGGGAGUGCCACACCACCCUCCCCGGCCCCAGGAGCCCUUCCACGGAGCCCAUCCCGGAGGCUUGUGCAGGAUGUCAAUGGGCCCCUGAGGGAGCUGCGCCCUAGGCUCUGCCACCUGCAAAAAGGCCCCCAGGGCUACGGGUUUAACCUGCACAGUGACAAGUCCCGGCCUGGACAGUAUAUCCGCUCGGUGGACCCAGGCUCUCCUGCUGCCCACUCUGGCCUCCGUGCCCAGGACCGACUCAUAGAGGUGAACGGGCAGAAUGUGGAGGGGCUGCGCCACGUGGAGGUGGUUGCCAGCAUCAAGGCACGGGAGGACGAGGCCCGGCUGCUUGUGGUGGACCCCGAAACAGAUGAGCACUUCAAGCGGCUGCGGGUCACACCCACCGAGGAGCAUGUGGAAGGUCCAUUGCCAUCACCAGUCACCAACGGGACCAGCUCGGCCCAGCUCAAUGGUGGCUCCGUGUGCUCAUCCCGAAGUGACCUGCCUGGCUUAGACAAGGACACUGAGGAUGGCAGCACCUGGAAGCGCGACCCUUUUCAGGAGAGCGGCCUCCACCUGAGCCCCACUGCAGCCGAGGCCAAGGAGAAGGUGAGAGCCACCAGGGUCAACAAGCGGGCACCGCAGAUGGACUGGAACCGGAAGCGAGAGAUCUUCAGCAACUUCUGAGCCCUCCCUGCCUGUUUCCUGCCGGGCUCCUCCUGCAUGGACCUUGGGCCUUGCCCCUCGGGCCCGCCCAGAGCUCCCCUCAGUGGACUGGAGGGGACAUCCUUACCCCCUAAGCCGUGGUGGUCCCACCACCACCCAAGAACCAACCUGUGCCCCAGUGAGACCCCGUCCUGCCCCCCACCCACUGGGUGCUAGGGGAGUGUGGCAGCAAGAUGGGGAGAGAGAGCCCCUGAGAUGUGAGAUACCCAGAGAGACAGUGAUGGGAUGUGGGGAGAGGGAGAGGAGGGAGAGGGGGGAGAGGGGGAGAGGGGGAGAGGGGGAGAGGCAGUGGUAACCCGCGGGGCCCGGCCCUUGCUGCUCUGCCUGGGCCUGCUGACUUAAAGGAAUUUGUGUUUUUGCUUUUUUUCCAGAAAGAGCUCUAGCUCCACACAUGUUUCCACUUAAUACCAGAGCCCUGCCCCCACCCCCCUCAGGACGUGCUCUCUAAAUAAUUGCAAUAAAACAAACCUUUCUCUGCAAACCAUUUUCUCCCCACCCCCUCAGCAGCAGCCAUCCCAAGCAGGAGUGCCAGGGACGUCCAGGGACAGAGUUGGGGCGCUUGCAGGCCGUGUUCAUUCAGGCUUUGGGGGGUGCUGGGGAUGCUAGAUGUGGCUGUGAGAGCUGCCCCUCUGCCCUGUCCCUGCCCUCCCUGGGGGGGUGGGUCUGGGGUACAGGGCCUGGGCUCUUUGAGGGGCCUGAGGAUGGAGGCCCUGUGCCCCUGAGGAGGGCAGACUCUGGACAGGCACCUUGUCCCUGCACGGCAGCCCCCAGACCUUUGGGGUGUGACUGUGUGAGAGCCUGUCCCCAGGAAGGACCCCAGGCUCCGGGCUUGGCCCCUGCUAGGAGCCUCCCCCAGAGGAAACCCCACCGACUCUGCCUUUCCCCUGCCCAGAACCUGACCGACCGACAUCGCUGUCUGCCCCAUAAGCCAUAGCACACGCGCGCCUUCAGAAUAAACAGGCCUUCCUUGGA